GAAGGAAUGAAUGAACAUCAUAUUCUUAGAGUUUCUAUGACUAUGUAACUGAGUUACUAUAGUUGUAUGAUCAAAUCUAUUUAAAUCGAUAGAUUGUUAGCAAAUAAUAAACCAUCUGUUUAUAAUUUAGUAUUUUUAUUCUUUAUCACUUUUCUUUUUGGAGGAAUUAGUUAAAUCAUCAAAUAGAAUGCCUGAAGAAACAGAAGUUAAUAGUGGGAUAACAGAGAAUAAAACUUUGGAAACUACAGAAUUGACAAAAGAAAAUAUUAAUGGUUCAGAGAAAGAAAUUAAAACUUAUAAAUGUGUAACACUUGGAGCAUUUGGUGGUUCAAAACAUAUUAGAAUAGAUAUGAAUGAAGUGAAACCAAUAGGAAAGAAUGAAGUUGCAAUUGAUGUACAAGCAUGUGGUAUUAACUUUCUUGAUAUAAUGACAAGACAAGGUUUAAUUGAUCAAGCAAUGAAACCUCCAUUCACUUUGGGCUCUGAAUGUACUGGAAUUAUUAGUGAAGUCGGUGAAAAAGUGACAACCUAUAAGGUUGGUGAUCCAGUUAUAGUUCUACUUAACAAUGGUGCUUGGAGUGAACGUCUUGUAUUACCAAUUAUAGAAAAAAUUAAUACAGAUCAAACAAAUUCAACAACACAAUCUGAAGAUGUUGAAUGUACCGAGUCAAAUGAAUUUGGAAUGAUUAAGUCAAUUAUAUUGCCAAGACCUAAAACAUUAGAUGUUAAUAAAGCUGCAAUUAUUAGUUUUGCUUAUAUUCCAGCUUAUAUAUUAACUUAUCAUAUACUUAAUAUUCAUUCUGGUGAUAUAAUUUUGAUAUUUUCAGCUGGUGGUGGAAUUGGAACUGCUUUAGGACAGUUAAUGAAACUAAUACCGAAUGUAACCUUAAUUGGUAUUGCUUCUAAGGCAAAACAUGAAAAGUUGACAAACAUCUAUGAUAUAUUAUUAGAACCUGAUCAAGAUUGUGUAACAGAAAUUAAAAAGCUUUAUCCUAAUGGAAUUGAUGCAAUAUUGGAUUGUAUAAGUGGACCAGAUACAAAUAAACUAUAUGGAAUAUUAAAACCUUUAGGAAAGCAUGUAAUUUAUGGUAUGUCAAACUUAGUUACUGGAGACAGGAAAAACUUUCUAAACUUAGCAAAACAUGUAAGUUUGUUUCAGUGUUGACAAUUUGAGUUGAAACUCUGUCCAAAUUGUUUUAUAUGUUCAUUUAACCGACAAACUUGUGUAAAUAUACAUUAUACACGGUCAAUUAGUCAUAAUUUACAUAAAAUCUAUUUGUAAAUAUAGGACUGUGGAGAUUGAAAUCAUGAACCAACCAGUGUUAUACCACCAUUGACAAUCAGAAAGCACUGAACGACCGGUUUCUCGUGGUAUGGCACUCCUUAGCAGUGCGAAUCCACCACCAUGCACGCGAAAUCGAAUCCAGAAUCUUCUAGUGCAAAUGUACAUCCUGUCAUAUUUCUGCACUACAACAUAGCUAGGCAGAUUUAUCAAGAUAAAUGUCAAAAUAAUAAGAAUAUUUGUAGUAAUAUUAAUGGUAGACGUUAGAAUUUUCAAUACAGAGAAUAUAGUUGGAGAACAAAGAAUGUGCAUCCUGUGUAAAUUGCUAUGAUAUUGCCACAAGCAUUAUAAGCAGAGGUGGAUAGUGGUAAGCAGUUUAAUCCAGGAAUCUCAGAGUGAACAUCAACUCUGGGAUGUUAAUACAUCCAGCUGACGAGUCCUGAAGGGAACGAAACACACGUCCUGGAUUCCACUGUUAGCCAACAUCCAUCUUUCCUUGGAAAAAUUCAUUGUUUCAAUUUAGUAAUUUUGUCUUACUAAAUUUUCUAUUAUUUCAGUGGUUUCAUAUAGAACGUAUUAAU